AUGUAAAUUGCCAAUCAACAAUCCCAGCAACUCUCUCUCAACCAUAAUAACUUGGUUCAUACUCCUAAGGGCUAAUAAGUAUUGAAAAUCUCGAAGAAGAAUAUAACAUUUAAAGAUAGCCAAUAUCAAAGUCACAAGAAAGUUCUCAAUACAAAUGGAUCAUAUACAACAGCUGCUGCAUCUCAUAAGAUAUCGCCAGAUAAUUCUAGAGCAACAAUAGACACUAUAGAGCAGUUUUAGAAACGGAAAAAGAAGAAAGCAGAAGUAUUGUCGAAUAAAAAGCGGAUCAAAAGUGUAUAUAAUGCAGCUACUUCUCGGUACCAAAACGGCAAUAAUAAUGAAACUCUUCAGCAUCAAGAUCAGAACUAGUCUAAAUCUAACAAGAAUCUUAAUGGUUAAUUGGAAAGUUUGAUUCAUAGCGAUUCUAUUCCAAUCCCAAAUAUCAAGCACUCAAUUUAAUCAGCAAGUAACGCAAGAAAAAAAUCUAUAUCCAUACCUGGCAAUGGUAGUAUUUUACCAGAUAACUUGAAGAAUUAAACUGCUCAAAACUAAAGUGAAGAUAGGAAAAAACCUACUCAACAUCAAUCCUCGCAAGCUAUCACAAUUAAAACUCACGGUCUCACUGAGAACGAUAAUGUCCUUAAUCAACUAUCAAACAUCGUUAGAGAUGAGCAGCUAGUUUUUAAGCUAUGCUUUGACUAGAACCGAGUGUAAAAACAUAUGAGACUCAAAUCAAUAUAAGAAUAGCUAGAUAGUUUUAUCUACAAGAGAAUCGGGGAUAAGAGAGGUCUCAAAGAAAAAGCUAUAUCAAAGAGGAAUUAGCUGCUAGAUCCAUUGUUUCUAGAAGAGCUGUAUAAAGACAGGAUGGAAAAGAAAUUCAGAUCUAAAGAUACAAAUUAAAAUACUUUAAACAAUUCCAUUGAUGAGGGGAAGACGCCAAAGGGUAGGAAUUUCUUAGAAGAAAUACUUUCUCCUAAACUUCUCCCCAAGAAUCAAGCUUAGACUAUGGAUAAUUAGAAAGAGUAAAAGCUAGUUUUGCCUAUGAUAACUAAUUGGAAGUAAAAACUAGAAAUUAAGCGCCAGCAUGAUAGAUAAAUGGCCAUGGAUCACAAAUCUGCUAGACAAAACAAUGAACUUCGAAGCGAAAAUUCAUCAUCCUCAUCUGAAAAUUCGGUAAUAAGAAAGCUAAACAUGGGUAAAAGUAAACAUCUUACAGAUUUGUAUAAGAGGAUGUAUGCUGAGAUGACAAAUAAGACUGAAAGAAAGUUGAAAAAGCUCCAGAAGAACAAGUCAGUCAGUGAUUCAUUCUCUAGCUUUGAAGAUAUCAAUGUGGUUGAAUAAGAUGAAAGUGUAGGAAACUAUUACAGUGAUGAUCAAGAGGAUGACAACUUAUUUGUCACAAAGCUGCCUGAUGCUACUCAAAAGCAUUCCAUAGCUGAGUAGAACUAUGCUUCUAAUCAAAGUUUCAGGAGAAUGAGUGGCUAGCAAUAACAUAGCAACCAUCAUAACAAUGAGCCGAGUUCCUUGUUUAACCCCAAUAAAAAUCAUUUGCCAUCUCAUUUCAAUUAGUCACAUCAUAGCAUCAAUCAUAACUCAGGUAUUAAUGGUAAUCACACUGGUAGUAAGAACGAUAGCACAAACAUUACAAAUACAAAUCAAAAUUUUCCAAGUACUAAAAAAAAAAGCAUGUUCAAAUCUCAAUCGACUAAAAAGCUUCACGUAAGAAUCCAAUCUAGACAAUAAUUAUGA